AAAACUUUGCGAAGUAUGAAUGAAUUCCUCUGUUCACAAAAUGAAAUGUGAACUCGAGCGGUCGGCUGUUGUUUUCUCGUUGCUUUCGUCGUCGUCGUCGUCGUCUCCUUUCGCCCCCACAAAAAUAAGGACGGGCUCACAUCAUACGAUUCAAACUGCCAUAUCUUUGCUCCCCUCGCGCAUGCACGUCGGCCCCCAACCCCCCCUCUCCGCCUUCUCCUCUCUCCGCCGCCCCCCAUUCUCCGGCGACUCCUCCGGCGAUCGCGGCGGCGGCGGCGGCGGCGGCCGAGAUCCGGAGGCCCCAAGAACUCCCGAAACUCCGGGGUCUUUGUACGUUUGGAUCUUGCGGUUAAUUGUGUUCUGUUCUGGGUACCAGAAGAUUAGAUCUCGCCGUCGGAUUUUGCUGCAACAGUUCGGAUUUUACCUUCCCUUAAGAGUUUAGUAAGCUAUAUCAGAGGUGUAAUUUUGAAGUAAAUGGAAACUUGAAGCAGACAGAGCCAAAAAUAACUACAUGGCAGGGGUUAAUUUAGAAGCCACUAAUAUCUUGUCAGAGGAAAAAUGUGGAAGUUACUUUCUUCUCUAUGGUGAAACUUUCCUAUCAAAUGGAUUCCGAGCAUUUUUAUAUCUUCUUGCCCUUGCCUACUGUUUCUUUGGCUUAUCAGCUAUAACUGCUCGUUUUUUUCGAUCGAUGGAGAAUAUUGUCAAACAUGCACGGAAGAUAGUGAAUACUGUUCCAUGCACAAAUACUAAGGUGGUUAAAUAUGAGAAAGUUUGGAACUACACCAUAGCUGACAUUACUCUGCUGGCUUUUGGAACGAGCUUUCCACAGAUCUCUUUGGCAACAAUUGAUGCGAUUCGGAACCUUGGUAACUUGACUGCUGGAGGCUUGGGUCCAGGAACACUUGUUGGUUCUGCUGCAUUUGACCUAUUUCCGAUCCAUGCUGUCUGUGUGGUAGUCCCAAAAGCUGGUACUUUAAAAAAGAUAUCUGACCUAGGUGUUUGGCUAGUUGAGCUGUUUUGGUCAUUUUGGGCUUACAUAUGGCUGUACAUUAUUUUGGAGGUGUGGACGCCCAAGGUGGUCACCCUCUGGGAAGCCUUGCUUACUGUUUUGCAAUUUGGCUUGCUUCUACUUCAUGCAUAUGCUCAAGAUAAGCGUUGGCCUUAUCUGUCUAUUCCACUGGCAAAAGGUGACAGGCCAGAAGAGUGGGUCCCAGAGAGUAGUACACCCUUUGGUCAUGGCAAUGAUUAUAAUGAAACUUCUCAGACAUUUGAGGCAAGCGAUGAACAGGAGAAAAAUGUUGUUGAUGUAUUUUCUAUCCAUGAAGAAGGUCGUCUCUACAAAAAUGUCCCGGAUGAUGAUAUGGAAGAGUCUUCCAUAUUGUUGUCUAGCAAGAAUAAAACUGUUGAAGAUGAUCUGAAUGUGCUUUCCCUAUGGAGGAAACAAUUUGAAGAUGCAGUAAAGAUUAGAUAUUCAUGGCUUCAGUUGGAGAGCUCCAAAUCAAGGAUGGAUGGUGCCUGCUUACGAGUGGCUGGAAUAAUUUGGCAGCUAAUCCUCGCACCUUGGAGACUGCUAUUUGCUUUUGUGCCUCCCUAUCAAAUUUUCCACGGGUGGAUUGCUUUUAUCUGUUCUCUGAUUUUCAUAAGCGGGAUAGCUUAUGUGGUCACCAAGCUUACAGAUCAAAUAAGCUGUGUCACAGGAAUAAAUCCCUAUGUUAUAGCAUUUACAGCACUGGCCGGGGGAACCUCAUGGCCUGAUUUAGUUGCAAGCAAGAUUGCUGCUGAGCGUCAAGUAACUGCAGAUUCUGCUAUUGCUAAUAUCACUUGCAGCAAUUCAGUGAACAUUUACGUCGGCAUCGGUAUCCCAUGGCUGAUCAAUACAGCAUACAACUUCUUUGCGUACCGUGAACCGCUUUACAUCCAGAAUUCGGCCGGCCUCAGCUUCUCUCUUUUAGUAUUCUUCGCCACGUCAGCCGGCUGCAUCGCAGUUCUCGUGCUUCGGCGAUUGAUCCUCGGGGCCGAGCUCGGCGGGCCGAGAGUGUGGGCUUGGGUGACGUCGGUCUAUUUCAUGAUUCUUUGGAUUGUUUUCGUCGUUCUCUCCUCGCUAAGGGUUUCGGGCCUAAUCUAAAGCAGCGGCAUAUAGCUACCGAGUUGUGCUUGUUAAAAAUUGUAGUUCAUUCUUUUUUGGCUUUUGAGAGAAGCACUUCGUAGCGAUGGCCUUUGAUGAAACGGCCUCCUUUACUCUCCUCAUUUGAUGCUUGUAUAUAAGAAAAGAGUGAUCGUGAAAAUAAUCUUUGACAGAAAGGAUUUGUUCUUGUUGUAUGUUAGAUUAUUUGUAUUCUUUUUGUAAUUUAGCAAGAAUUUCGUGCACUUCAAUCUAUUAUUAUCCAUUUUUCGUGAA